AUGUUGGGCCGAGCACUUGUCAGCUUGUUAUUUCUGCAACUCUCACUCACAUAUGGAUGGGACGAAGAUAGAAAAGCGCCAGGACCAACAGACUGCACUGGCAAUCAGAACCAUACUUUUUGCGGAGUUACGUUUCACUGCAAGUGCAUCUGGAAAAUGCCUACUUUAAUGGAGGCAAAGAAGGGCUGCGGAGUUGUUGUAAAUGUUACUCAGCCGACUGAUGAUGAACCUGAUCACGAGGUUGAGGUGAAACCUGACGACGAAUUGGAUGAACUUGUUGAGGUGUAUCCAAUUUUGUUCCCGCCAAGAAGGAGUAACUCACUCAAGUUGAUGAAUUCGGUGGAAGAUAACCGUGAGGAUGAUUUAUGGGAUGAAAUUGGUGAGGACGAGAACGAAGGAGAUGACAUGGAGGAUGAUGAAGAUGACAGACCCGAUACCGAAGGGUGUGGGGUAGGUCGUCAUAUAACUCGAAAUAACGAAACAUUUAAAAUGGAAUCUCUGAGGCCAGCUACAAUAAAGAACAAAAGAUUUUACCUGCCAGGACAAAUAAAGACCAUCUUGGAGAUCGUUCAUCAGACAACUGGAGGGAAGUGCCGCAUCAAACAAAGAUCAAGAAAGAACAAGCCGAAGAAAUGCAAAAAAAAGAACCUAAAAGAAUAUGAAAACUUGAGCUUAAAAGAGUUUGAGGAGCAGGAACACAUUCCCUAUGUGUUUAGAGUAGGACUCGGUAAAAGCGGCAUGAAGGAGGCGGCUAAACUUACUAAAGAUGCUGUUAAUCAGGUCUACCUUGAUAAAUACAAUUGUCCGGAGGAGGAUCUACCUUGCUUCCUCGCUCCACAGGAGAAAGAAAUUCUCUGCACCCUUUAGUGAAUGACGAGUUAGUUGGAAAUGUGACAAGGUUGGCAAUGGACUGAGAGUGGACACUAAC